AUGCCAACAUACUUUGAUCCCUCUGAUAAUGACGCCUUGCUCAUCCAUCAUCUCCUCAACUGCAAGAAACUGAAUUUACCCUAUGUGAUUCUCCAGCACAUGAUUUGUGCAGCCACCAAAGACUACAGGAAGAAUAUUGUGCCUUAUGGCAUGGUCCUGACUAAAGUCUUCAGGUACUUUGGAGUCUCCCUUACGUCCGAAACAUCUAUGAUCAAAAUCUCAAAAUUUUCCACCAAAAAUCUCUCUCACAUGCGCAAAACCUCCUCUACUCAAACGCCUACUCCUUCAUCCUCCUUUCCCACCUCCUUAAAACGCAAACGCUCAACAGAAAGACGACCUACUACAAACCCUGUUCCAUUCUCAACACAUUCUACUGAUCCUGAGGCAAACACAGCAAGAAUCCCAACACCAGAACAUUCUUCACCAAAUCCAGAACGUUCUCCACCACCUCCAGAACGUUCUCCAGAAAAUAUCCAAACUCCUUCAAACCUCUUUCCUCAAACAUCCACCCUACCAUCCUCGGCUAUUCCCUCUUAUUCUCAAACAUUUCACUCCCCUACUCACGACUUUGGUAACUUCCUAUCUAAUCCACCUUUGUCUACCAUGUCUCCACUAUUUGUCUCCCCUCAAAAAACCAGUUCUUCCAUUUUCGGCAUCAGUCAGUUUUUAAACUUUCCAGCAACUAUUGGACCCUCUAACACAUCUAUUGGUCCAUUACCCUCUGUCUCAUCCUCUUUUGCUUCUUUUCCAUCUAUCUCUACAACGCCUAUUCCAUCCAACACCGUUGUUGCUACCACUUCUCAACCCUCUCCUCACCUUCACUCUUCUCCUCCCUUAACUGAACCCUCCAACUCUAACAUCAUGGUUUCUCUUCAGAUCAUAAUGGCACGACAAGUUCAGCAUGAUCAAGAAACUGCUCUAUUGAGAACUUGGCUGACAGACCACCUUGCUCCCAAUAUGGGAAUUCCACCUCCACCUCCUCAUCCGAUUCCUCCUCCUUCUCAAGUUCCUCAUCCGGGAAAAUCCUCCUCUUCAGAAGGAUCUUCUCCCUCCUUAGCUUCUUAG